AUGCUGCUGUUCCGCCUACAUUGGCAUUUGACACCAACCAAGAACUUUUAUGGGUUGGGAGCGAGCAAGGUCGGGUUACUUCUUACUUUAGUCCCGAUCUUCGAAAAUAUACCAGUUACCGUGGUGAAUGAUCGAGGGGUAAUAUCUUUGGCAGCGAGGAGUUUGCACUUUUCUAUCCGAAGGGGGCUGGCUCAAUGGAACAUAAAGCAUGCAGGUUUUCAAAAUUUAUCUGGUUUUGCCUACACGAAUCGAGGAACCUCCGAGAUCUUGGUUGGUGGUAGUCAGAGCUCAAUGUUUACCGUGAAUGUGGACCGGGGAACUGUGAUAGGAGAGUAUUCCACAGAGGAUGACAUAAAGGUUAUGAAGAGGAAUCCUAGGGCCAUCGUGUACGGGACAGGAAAAGGUGAUGUGAAGCUGUUGGACAUGAACACUUUCAAGGUAGUCAGGGAGUUCCCACAGGCACAUGGGAGCACAAUUUCCGAUUUGGAUACUCAAGGAAAUACCAUCUUGACAUGCGGCUACUCACCUCGACAGGGAACAUAUCACCUCGACACCCUCGUCAAAGUCUAUGACCUUCGGACGAACAGAGCACUCGCUCCGGUCGGGUUUCCUUCUGGUGCUGCCUUUGUUCGCAUGCACCCUAAACUCUCAGCUGCUGCAAUUGUUGCAUCACAAGCUGGCCAGAUUCAGGUAGUUGACAUCGAGAACCCGGCAGCAAUAAAGCUCUACCAUGCGAACGUAACAAGCUACAUUACUGCGAUAGAGCUAGCUCCUAGUGGAGAUGCCUUGGCUCUGAUGGAUGCAGAUGGUUAUCUCCAACUCUGGGGGUCUCCAGACAAGCUCAGGUUCACUGAGCUCAUGAAUCCAGUGGAGUGGCCGGAACCCCUUGUACUCCCUAAUGUUGCUAUCAAGGACGAUUCCCCUCUAAACUCUAUUGGUAUGCCUUAUUACCGUGAUGUGCUUUUGUCCGCCUGGCCCCCGCACGAGAUCUUCAAUGUCAACAAAAUGCCUCAGAAGAUCGAUGCGGACAUCUUGGCAGCCUCUGCCACGAAAACCGGAUAUGCCCCGUACCACAAGAGAACCCCCCGGUAUUGCAUAGAAAGCACCAAGCAUACCGACCCCCCCGGAGCAGUUCCAAAGUUCUUAAGUCAGCAAGCAAAGGACAAAGGUUCCCGGAACUCCGGCGAUUUUGACGAUGGAAAGUUGCUCUAUGGAGACGAGUCCAGGAGGCAGUUUGAAGUCCCGCCGGUGUUUAGAAAGGUUGAAAUUAAGUAUAGUAAAUUUGGUGUUGACGAUUUUGACUUUGAAUUCUAUAACAAAACUAGAUUUUCAGGACUCGAGACUCACAUAUCAAACUCAUACAUGAAUCCGUUAUUGCAGAUGUAUAAAUUCACACCUUUGCUUCGGAACUUAGCGCUCCAUCAUACGGCUACGGCAUGUACGAAAGAUGAUUGUAUGCUAUGUCAAAUGGGCUUCUUAUUUGAUAUGCUGGAUAAAGCAAAUGGCCAAAACUGCCAAGCUACAAAUUUUCUCAAAACGUUCAGCUCUCUACCUACCGCUGAUAGGCACGGUGUUUUAGAAGAAGAUUCAUCGAGCGGCGAGCUCCUGAGCUCUAUGAUACAAAGCCUUAACCGAUUCCUGCUGGAUCAGAUAUCCAUGGAUCAGAGAACCUGGCAAAAUGAUUCGAGAGCGCUUGAGGAGGCGAUUACGAUUGGAGCCACUAAAAGCCAACGCUGUAAUAUCUGCGGCAAAGAGUCACGUCCUCUAGGCGACACAAAUGUUACAGAUAUGAUAUACCCCCCAAAACAUAGCAAGCCUGUUCAGUCCUUUUCUGCCUUGGUAAAACAAAGUAUACAGAUGGACACAGUUCAAAAGGGAUGGUGUGACAAGUGCCAGCGCUAUCAGCAGCAAGCAAUGAGGAAGUUGGUGAGAAGACUACCAAAGAUAAUGGUGUUUAAUGCUACCACAAACGAGAAAAGUCUGACAUAUGUUCGAGAGCAUUGGUCAACUCCUGGAUGGUUGCCCGAUGAAAUUGGUGUGCUGGUCACCAAUGGCCAACUAAGUGUGUAUCAAGGCGAAGACUUGAUCAUCAUGAGAGAAAGGUGUGAAAAUUUGGUGACAUUUGACCUUGUGGGCUUCGUGGCGGAGAUAACACCGGAAGAGAAGAGAAAUACACACUUAAUAUCAUUCGUUAAUGUUGCCUUCUCGUCGACCGACAGGACCGAAGAAAGUACUUGGCACAUAUUCAACGACUUCCUCGUCACACCCGUAAGGAAGGAGGACGCGCUUGACUUUGCGCCAAAAUGGAAGAUGCCUUCCGUUAUAUGUUUCCAGGCCAGAGACCCUAGCAAUGCCAUUGACAACUCAUGGAGAAACCAUCUAGAUACUAGCUUGUUAUAUAUCGACUACUCCUUUGGGUAUGGUUAUUCAGAGCGCGAAUGCAAAUCUUUGGAACAGCACGAGGAGCCUAAACCAGGAACGCUAGUCGCCUUAGAUGCCGAGUUUGUAUCCAUGCAAAACGAGGAAACCGAGGUAAAAGCCGAUGGUUCAAGGUCCGUAGUGAGGCCAAGUAGGUUAGGCUUGGCUAGGGUAUCUGUGCUUAGAGGGGGGGGUGUGGAUGAGGGUGUAGCGUUCCUGGAUGAUUACAUUAUCACGAGAGAACCGGUUGUUGACUUUUUAACCGAGUUUUCCGGAAUCCAUGUGGGCGAUUUGGAUCCGAGCACUUCAAAACAUGCUCUGGUCCCGUUGAAGGUUGCAUAUAAGAGGCUUUGGCUAUUGCUUAAUUUAGGCUGUGUGUUUGUGGGGCACGGGCUGUUGAAGGAUUUCAGGAUUAUAAAUAUACAUGUUCCAAAAGAACAGGUAGUGGAUACGGUUGAUUUGUUUGUUUUACGGAGCUCUCAGAGGAAACUGUCUCUACGUUUUCUAGCAUGGGUAGUUCUAAGGGAAGAGAUCCAACUUGACACCCACGACUCAAUUGAAGACUCGUACACUGCGCUCCGACUGUACAAAAAGUAUCUCGAAUAUAGCGACGCCGGCGUCUUAGAACCGAUGUUAAACAACAUUCAGAUAGAGGGAAUGAAGACCGGUUUCAAGCCACCGCCAAGGGGGUUCUUGGCCGAGCAUAGAACAGACACGCCUUCCAUAGUGCAGGAGGGACGAUCAGAGGCAAAUACACCGCAACCUAGGGGGGGGGUGCCGAAAUGGCUUGGAGCCUAA